CGCCAGAGCGCAACCCCAAAGACCCCGAUCGGUCUCGCCGACUCGACCUCCAUCUCCGUCUCUCCUCGCCAUCAUCGUCUCAAGGAUUUCUUGCCUCCUCCUUCCCUUCCCUCUUCUCCUCCAUGGAUGCAGCGGCGGUAACAGCGAUAGGUCGAUCUAGAUAGCUUCGUCUUCUAUCAAUCUCACCUAAUUAUCUUAUCUCCACCUCGAAAUAGAAAACCCUAGAGAGAUGAUCGGCACGAUCCUCCCCCUUCCGGCCCCGCCAUCCGACGGCAACCUUGGCCCCAUUCCCCUCGCCCAGAUCACCGACGAGAACAAGGAUGACAAGAAGCUCAAAGAGCAACCGCCCGCCGCCGCCGCCCCCCCGGCGCCGGUGGCAACCCACACGAGAACCAUUGGCAUCAUCCACCCGCCUCCCGACAUCCGGAUGAUCAUCGAGAAGACGGCCACCUUCGUCGCUAAGAAUGGCCCCGAGUUCGAGAAGCGCAUCCUCGCCAACAACGCCGGCAACGCUAAGUUCAACUUCCUUAUCCCCUCCGACCCCUACCACGCCUACUACCAGCACCGUGUCUCCGAAUUCCGCUCCCAGCAGCAGCAGCCCCCCGCCGCUGACUCCGACUCCUCCUCUCAGCAGCAGCAGCUGCAGCAGCCGCCUCCUUCCCCCGAUUCCGCCCCCGCUGCACCUUCCGGCGAUUCCGCCGCCAAGCCCGACCCCGCCGCCCCGUUCCGCAUCCCCGCUCGGAAGGUCCUCGAGCCGCCCGAGGCCGAGCAGUACACAGUCCGGCUCCCGGAGGGGAUCACCGGGGAGGAGCUCGACAUCAUCAAGCUCACCGCCCAGUUCGUCGCUCGGAAUGGGAAGGGCUUCUUGAAUAAUCUCUCGAACCGGGAGGCGACCAACCCGCAGUUCCACUUCCUGCGGCCGACCCACAGCAUGUUCACCUUCUUCACCGCGCUCACCGACGCCUACUCGAAGGUGCUGAUGCCGCCCAAGGGGGUGACGGAGAAGAUACGGAGCAGCGCGCGUGACAUGACGACGGUGCUCGAGCGGUGCCUGCACCGCCUCGAGUGGGAGCGCUCGCAGGAGCAGGCGAGGCAGAAGGCCGAGGAUGAGAUCGAGCAGGAGAGGCAGCAGAUGGCGAUGAUCGAUUGGCAUGAUUUUGUCGUGGUGGAGACCAUUGAGUUUGCAGAUGAUGAGGAUGAAGAGCUGCCGGUGCCAAUGACGCUGGAGGAGGUCAUAAGGAGGAGCAAGAUGUCGGUUUUGGGUGAAGAGGAAGCCAUGGAAACAGCGGAACCAGGAAAGGAGAUGGAGAUGGAGAUGGAUGAAGAGGAGGUCCAGCUUGUAGAAGAAGGCAUGAGGGCAGCAAGACUUGAAGAUGGUGGCCGGGCUGAGAAGAAGGGUGAAGCAGAGGCGACGGCGGCACCUACUGAUGAACCAGAGCCUCCAAUGAGGAUAGUGAAGAACUGGAAGAGGCCCGAGGAGAGGAUACCUGCUGAAAGAGACCCGACCAAGUUUGUGAUCUCGCCGAUCACCGGCGAGCUGAUUCCGGUCAGUGAGAUGGCCGAGCAUAUGCGUAUUUCACUCAUAGACCCCAAGUACAAGGAGCAGAAGGAGAGGAUGAUGGCAAAGAUCCGGGAGACUACUCUUGCUGCGGAUGAUGAGAUCUCUAGAAACAUUGUGGGGCUUGCGCGAACCCGUCCCGAUAUUUUUGGCACUACAGAGGAAGAAGUCUCUAAUGCCGUGAAGGCUGAAAUUGAGAAGAAAGACGAGCAGCCGAAGCAGGUCAUUUGGGAUGGGCACUCUGGUAGCAUUGGGCGAACUGCGACUCAAGCUUUGUCGCAGAAUCUUUCUGGUGAGGAACAAGCUGAUACUAUCAGUGACGAUGGGAGGACCCUUCCAGGCCCUGCUCCGCCUCCGAGACCUGGUGUACCAUCAGUGCGCCCUCUCCCGCCCCCACCACCUGGAUUAGCUCUGAAUAUUCCUCGUUUUCCUCCGAAUGUGGCCCCUUACUCUGCUCCUGCUACUAGUGGGGGAAUGAUGCUGCCACCACCAAGGCCAGGAAUUAUGUCGAUGGCUCCAUCUGUGAGGCCUGCAGCUCCACCGAUGUCUCUGGCUUCAAACCAGCAGCCUGUUAUGAUGAGCAGGCCACCGAUGCCCCAGGGGAUCUCGGUGUCACCUUCUAUGCCCAUACCGCCACCACCUGGAUCGCAGUUCACUCCUUUGAUGGCUCCCCGACCAUUUGUUCCUAUGCCCAUGCCACCUCCUAACAUGCCAACUGUCCUGCCGCCUCCUCUCCCACAAGGAUUGCCACCUCCACCUCCUCCUGAGGAGGCUCCUCCACCUCUACCUGAUGAGCCAGAGCCAAAGAGGCCAAGGACUGAUGAUGUUUCUCUCAUACCAGAGGAUCAUUUCCUCACUCAACAUCCUGGACCUGCUCGCAUUUCUGUAUCUGUUCCUAAUGUUGAUGAGGGGAACUUGAAAGGCCAGCUUCUGGAGAUCACAGUACAGUCCUUGUCUGAGACUGUUGGCAGUCUUAAAGAGAAGAUUGCUGGAGAGAUUCAGCUUCCUGCUAAUAAGCAGAAAUUGAGCAGCCGGGCAGGUUUUCUAAAGGACAACCUUACACUUGCUUAUUACAACAUUGGUCCUGGAGAAACGUUAUCUCUUGCUCUAAGGGAGCGUGGUGGCAGAAAGAAAUGAUCUCUCCUUCUUUCAUGUUGCAAGGUUGCUUUGGAAGAAGUGGAGUUGUCGGUUACAAAAUAAUAUUUGGGUCUGUAUAAGGUGGCACAAUUAGUUGGAUUUGUAUGAUGUGGAUUUCUCAGAACUAUGUUUGGUAGGUGGAUUGGAACUUAUCCAUUAUUAGUAGCUGAUGAAAUUCAUGAUUUUUAAUGCAGAUGUGAAAUGUGGAUGUAAUCAUGCUCUGAUGUGUUAUGGUGGAAUGUUAUGUAUUCCCCAAAGUGCAAGCUAAUCAUGACUUGAUCAGUUUCUGUCACCAUACUCUUGUCGCCUUCUGAUUUUCAGUUUCUUUCUCUUUUUGUUGAAA